GGUCGCUUCCGAGGCUAAUGACCAUACUUGAUCGCUAUCAGAGAUGCCGUGUCAGUGAGACGAAGUGUUGCUACAUUUCUGUGCCAUUUUGGACGCUUUCCUGCACGAAUUUCCACCAGGCCUAGAAAGUAUCAGUGGAAGACUCUAAGAUGGUGGAAGGAGGUUGUGGAAAAUGUAUCCAGUACCUGAUGUUCACAUUCAACCUGCUGUUUUGGCUGGCUGGCUGUGGCAUCCUGGGAGUUGGGAUCUGGCUGAGGGUGACCCAGGGUGACUUUGCCACCUUGGUUCCCAGCAUCCCCUUCGUGACGGCGCCGAACCUGUGCAUCAUCGCGGGCGUCAUCGUGAUGGUGGUCGGCUUCAUCGGAUGCUGCGGUGCCCUGAAGGAGAACAAGUGUUUGUUGUUGACCUUCUUUGUAAUGCUGUUCAUCAUCUUCUGUCUGGAGAUCACAGCUGGUGCUCUGGCCUAUGUCUACAGGGACCAUUUGGAGCAGUUUGCCCGUGAUGACCUGAUGCGAGGUAUGGACCAGUACGGCAUGGCGGGGCAGUCCGGGCUGACGCGUGCCUGGGACCUGUUCCAGACUGAGAAGCACUGCUGUGGAGUCAACAACAGCACUGACUGGUUUAAGCGCCCUGUGUGGCCCAACCAGAGCUGGGUUCCCGACUCCUGCUGUAAGCCUGAGUUCCGCCCUAACGAAAACUGUGGACAGUCGGGAAUCACUCUGCAGUUCUUUGAAGACGGCUGCGUCUCUGCUCUGAAGACUGACUUCAUGUUCAACCUGGGUCUGAUCGGAGCUGUGGGGAUCGGGAUCGGCCUGAUCCAGAUCCUGGGCAUGGUGUUCGCCCUCUGUCUGUUCUACAGGAUCAGGAACGAGGGAACGUACGCGUAGAGAUGGCAGAGUCAUGACGAAGACUACAAUUUGUGAUUAUUCAGUUCUCAUAGUGUGGAUGAAAUUGGGGUAAAAAAUUGGAGACAUGAAAUCUAUUAUUGAUAUUUACAAAACUUAUGCUAGAAACUCAUAGUAAUACUUCUUAACACCCCAACCGCUCUUCUGAACAUGAUAAUAUUGUAUGUAUGGUAACAUUAAAAAUCUAUAUUCAUUAAUUAAAUAUCUGCUAGAAUCUCAACCCAACCCAGCUAUGUGAUCUUCUGAACUCUAUAAUACAAAAGUACUAUGAUGUCAAACAAAAAGGAAAAAAAGCUUUUGCAGCAUUAACCACCAUACAAAUGAAAUGAAAAGAGCUGACAGACCCCUGUAUUACUCUACAUUUUAACCCAUUUUGUAUAUUGUGUCUAAUUGUAUUGGUAGUCUUGUAAGAUAUUUGUGAAUUUAGUAGUAGAGUGAGAGCUGUUGGUAUUAUAUUUGAUGAGCCUGCUGUACAAACGUGUUGUGCCAGAAGCCAUGGUCCAGAGAUACAAAGUUGAUCCAAAUGAAUGUUAUUGAGGGGCUUUUAACUAAUCUCUAACAGGAUGAGAGGGUUUUUGGUGUGUGGCCACGGAGCUGUGUUGUUUGAUACUGAGGAGACAAGCUACAAUCAUGUUAUCAUGUAAAUCCCAGGAGUUGAGUGUCCAAGAGAAACAAGUUGCAAAAUCACACAGUAACAUUUUUAAAUUAUGACCUUUCUCAUCCUAUAGUUGUAGCUUUGUCAACAUCAGGUAUGUCCAAGAUAGGCACUUGAUUGGCUUUGUAUGUCCUUUUUCUAUGACAUUUCAUCCAAACAUAUCAUAAUAUACAUUUCUACUUUUGAUAUCCAUAAGACUUUGUAACAGAUAUGAAACAAAUUUCAGUAAAACCAAAUGAAAGAAGUCAAUUUAAGGUGACUGCAUGAAAUAUCUUCUUCAUCCAACAAGUUGAACAUUUAACUUUUUAAUAAAGGCUUCAGAAUGUCAGUAUGGAUGUUAGAACCAGUUGAACUUGUUGACUGUUAGUCCACUUUAAAAGAAAGUAAAAGUACAUAAUAAAGUUAUUGUUAUUUCUUCAUGUAUCAUAGUCACCCCACAUGCCAUGGUAUGAUUUUAUUCUCUACUUUCAUGACAAAAGUUGCUAUUUCUUUUGUUCUUUGUUUUAUCUAUGCACCACUGAAAUUUUUUAUUGUAGUCAGGAACAAUAAACCAGUAGAAGGUUAUUCUUUGUGAAUUUAGAAUUUUUAAUUCAUCCUGAUAUAAAGAAUUUUUAUGUAUAUUA